CGCAUGCGUGUGACGUCAGAGUUCACUUAUUUGGCGCGAUGUCCAAACAAAUUUGAAAGUGAGUGGAUCCAAACCGCUUGAAGACGGUGAAUAGAGCAGAUUGCACCUUUGUCUUCAGAGGUUGAAAUUGUGGAUAGCGGCACUGCAGGCGUCACAGGGAUGUCGUGGGACUUUUUUGUGCCUGUGUGCGUGGGUGACCUGGUGAAGACUGGGGGGAUCAACCAGUACGUCGUUCAGGAUGUGGUGCCCCCAAAACAUCUGCCAUCCUGUCUCAGUAAAUUCAAGGCAGCGUUGAGAAGCCAGGGGCCUUUGUGUAUAUUGGAACACUUUGAUACAGGCUACAGCGUGCUGCAGCACUGCAACUCAGUGGAGCUAGGUGUGAAAGAGGAUACUCUGGAAUUACUAGUACAAGUGGUUAGUGGCCUGGCUGCUUCCCUGCCGGCGCUUCUCAUCUCCACCUCCGUCUCAGCUGCAGAACGCAAAGAGAAACUUAACGCAGUUAAAAUGAGUGUCUACCUACUCUGCAAACUCACAGAGACCCUUGAGAGUGACUCCCAUAGACAGAGUAUUGUCACGGCACCUGGGAAGGGUGGUAAAAAAGGCAAAGCUGGCGGGGAAGGACUGCUGCAGUGGGACACUGAGAGAGAAAAGGUGCUGCAGGCCCUUGUCCAGCUCCUCCAGUUGGAUAUCCGUUCCCUCUGGAGCCUCUCCCUGGUGGAGGAAGAGUUUAUCAGCUGUGUGACCUGCUGCUGCUAUAAACUACUUGAGAACCCAACCAUCAGCCAUGUCAAGAGCAAACCCACCAGAGAUUGUAUAAUCCACCUACUUGGGGUGCAAAUCAAGAAGUACAAUCACCUCCUGGGUGCAGGUGUAAAGGUGAUCCAGUUGCUACAACACUUUGAGCAGUUGUCAUCUGUCUUUGCCCAGGCAGUGUCUGUGUGGAGCACAGAAUAUGGAAUCAGGGCUAUCAUAGGAGAAGUAAUAAGGGAGAUUGGUCAGAAGUCAAGUGAGGAGCUUGCUAGAGAGGGAUCAGGGGUCAAAGCUUUUGCUUCCUUCCUUUCGGAACUUGGCGCCCUGGUGCCUGAAUUAAUGAUCCCCAACAUUAGUGUGCUCAUCACACACCUGGAAGGAGAGAGCCACGCAAUGCGUGUUGCUGUGUGUGAGGUGCUGGGAGAGAUUCUCGUGCGGGUCCUGUGUGGUGACGGACUAGAUGAAUCUGGUAAAGCUGACCGUGACCGCUUCUUUGACACACUGCAGGAACAUCUGCAUGACACACAUUCCCAUGUCAGGGCACGUGUGUUGCAGGUCUACACACGCAUCGUCAACAGCAAAGCACUGCCCCUGUGUAGGUACAGUGAGGUGAUGGAGCUUGCUGUGGGAAGACUGAUGGACAAAUCUAUAAAUGUGGUGAAGAGUGCCAUCCAACUGUUGGCAGCCUUCAUCGCACACAACCCCUAUAGCUGCAAGCUGAGCAGUGCAGAUCUGGAGAAACCACUGGAGAAAGAGACCGCUAAACUCAGAGAGAUGAAAGAGAAACUGGAGGGAAAAGCACCAGUGAUUAAAGCAUCUGAGCUGUGGGCCGCCAUGGAGCCUGAGCUGCUUCUCACUGUCAGGACAGAGCUGGAGCCCACAAGUGAAGCAGAGGAGGACGACAGGGAUGUGGAGGAAGACAAGGAGGGAGAAGACGACAGAGCAACUGCAGUGAAGAUUGCUCAGUACCUUCGUGUCAACAAAUACAGGAAUGCUGUGCGUCUUUGUAUAAGAGCCCACAGCUGCUUCCCUGAAUCUGAGAUGUUUGCUUCUCUGUCCAUUCUCACCACUGAGACUUUAAUGUACACACUGGCUCUGAUUUUCAAAGGCUCUGACGAGGAUGCCUCUGAGCCCAGCCAGAACUUGCCAGCAACCCCACAGAAAGAGGGGGAGAAGGAGGGGGAGGAUGGGGAGCUGAAGAAGCAGGAGAUGUUGGUGCAGUACCUGAGAGACACGGAAACCUUUGCCUUACAAGUGGAGAGAGCAAUCUCUGUCAUUAACUCCAUGCUCUACUGGAAAACCACUUCAGUGGUCCAGGAGGCCGUACAGUUUUGUGUGACAGUGUGCGAGUUCAGUGUUGCCAACUCUGUCAGUGGGGUGAGGAAGAUGUUGCCUCUGGUCUGGUCAACUGACGCUGCAAUUAAAGAUGCUGUCGUUCAGGCCUACAGGCGCCUGUAUCUGAACCCUCAGGGAGACACCAUCAGGAUGAAAGCCCAGACUCUUGUGGACAGUCUCUCUGAGCUGAUGGUGGAUGCAUCUCUGGGAACAAUCCAAUGUCUUGAGGAAAUAGUGCAGGAGUUCUUUGGCAGUAGCAGCAAUCUCCAGUCCACUGUAGUGCAGGUCUUGUGGGAGAGGUUUACUGGCAAACGAGAAACUUCUGGCUUACACAGGCGAGCUGCAGUGUUAUUGCUGGGCAUGGCUGCACGGGCAGAGAGGGAGGUGGUCCUCAGUAAUCUGGACACUCUUUGUUCCGUGGCUCUGGGAGAAAAAGUGACUGAAGACUUUCUUCUGGCCAGAGACUCAGUUAUCACCAUCUGCAGCAUCACUGAUCAUGUCAGGCAAUCAAAAGGUGCUCCAUUCAGACUGCCCCAGGACCAUCAGCUCUUCACCUGCCUCACACAGGCCAUCGCUGAAGGUGCGGUGAUGGAAGACCCUUACUGGCAGAGCUUCAUGGAACAGGCUGUCCGUCUCAUCUACUUCCUGGCUGAAUCCCCUGACCAGCUGUGCUCCCGGCUGCUCCAGCGCAGCGCUCGCCUCUUACUAGAUCAGAUUGCAGAAGGUGGCGAAGUCAACAAGGAUGCUGGCCAAAUGCAAGAUGUAUCUCAAGAGUCCAAUGAGCAAGGUGAACAUGUGAACUGUGUGUGCCUGGCCCAGCUGUUGGCUCUGUGUGGCUGCGUGGCUUUCUGGCAGGUGUCUCACCUUGAGCGCAGUGUGAGCGCUGAGCUCCGGCGGAGGAGAGGCGAAACUGAGGAGAGGGAGGAGAAGGAAAAGGGCCCAUCCAGCAAAGCUAAGCAAGUAGCUAAUGAGAGUGCUAUGGAGGAGGAGUUGGGGUUGAUUGGUGCCUCUGCUGAAGAUACGGAGGCUGAACUCAUCAGAAAGAUCUGCGAGACUGAAUUACUGGCUGAGGAGAAUCUGCUGUGUGCAUUCCUUCCCCUGCUGGUGAGAGUCUGCAGCUCCCCAGGACGCUAUUCCCACCCACAGCUCACCACUGCUGCCUGUCUGGCACUCUCUCAAUAUAUGAUGAUAAGCCCAUCAGCGUGUGAAGAAAACAUCCGUCUCAUGUUUACGGUGCUGGAGCGCUCUUCUUUUCCUGUGGUCAGGGCAAAUGCCAUAAUAGCCCUGGGAGACCUCACAGUACGUUUUCCAAACAUUUUGGAGCCAUGGACACAGAAUCUCUAUGCUAGGCUCAGUGACGAGGUUCCAUCAGUGAGGCAGACAGCUGUGACAGUUCUUACUCAGUUGGUGCUUAAGGAUGUGCUCAAGGUCAAAGGUCAAGUCAGUGAGGUGGCUGUGCUGCUAAUUGAUCCUGAGCCUCACAUUACCAGCCUGGCCCUGAACUUCUUCAAUGAGCUGGCCACCAAGGACAAUGCAAUCUACAACCUGCUCCCAGACAUCAUCAGUCGCUUGUCCGACCCAGAGAGAGGCAUGACCUCAGAGGACUUCAAUACCAUCAUGAAACAGCUCUUCUCCUACAUCACGAAAGAAAGGCAGACCGAGUCUCUGGUAGAGAAACUGUGUCAGCGCUUCAGAACUGCCAAGACGGAGCGUCAGUGGUGUGACUUGGCCAUGUCUCUGUCUCUGCUGUCCAUGUGUGAGCGUGGUUUUAAGAGGCUGCAGGAAUGCUGGGAGUGUUACAGUGACAAGUUAACUGAGCCUGGAGUCUACCAGCCUCUGCUCUCCAUCACCGCCAAGCUCCGCCGUGGGGCCAAACCCCAGUUCAGGGCCCAGGUAGAUGAGUUUGAAAAGCGGUUGACUGCGGUUCACACACGAGGGCUGGAGAACGUAGAAAGUCCUGAGAUGGAUGAGGAGAACCAGAAAGAAGGAGGAUCCUCUGAGAAGACGGUCACGCGUACCCCUCUGCCCACCAGAGGCCGUCAAAGGGCAAAGAGAGGUCAAGCAAAGCCCUCAGUUUCUGGCUGCGGCGAUGACAGUUUUGUGACGCCUCAGAAAUCUCGCAAGUCCAAGAAACCUGUGAUCACCUUCAGCAGCGACGAAGAUGAGGAUGAAGAGGAUGCUGUAAUGGCAGAGUGUGAGACCCCAAAAGUGACAACACCCAUUGCCCGCACAUCCCGACGAGCUCGCCUCAGAAACUGAUCUGUCAUCUGUUUUGUCUUGUUUCUGUGUCUCCUUUUUAAUCUUUUAUCUGAAAUGAUGCAUUGCUAUUUUACAUAUUUUUUUGUAUGUUUUAUUUUUUAAGAUAUUGGUGCUUAGCACCAAACUAAAGUAGUCUGACAAUGUAUGUAAUGACAUAGAAUCAAGACGUCUUUAAUAAACCUGGUUCUGGUUUUGAUGAGAA